CAGUGCAGUGAUCGGAGAGGAAGAGGCUGCCAUAUUGCGGUGAUACAGCGAGUUUACCUCACAAGUUACACAUCACACAGCUUUCCGGAUCAAACAUGAUUUCAGCACAGACUUUCGGAGAUCCUGGCAGGAUGAAGGAUUACCAUUACACCGGCCCGGUCGAGCACCGGUUCUCACCUUACGCGUUCAACGGAGGAACUGUGCUAGCAGUUGCUGGGGAAGAUUUUGCCAUCGUAGCCUCAGACACCAGGUUGAGUGAAGGCUACUCCAUCCACAGCCGGGAUUCUCCAAAAUGCUACAAGCUGACAGACACUACUGUAAUCGGAUGCAGUGGUUUCCAUGGCGACUGCCUGACUCUGACAAAGAUAAUUGAUGCCAGACUAAAGAUGUACAAACACUCAAACAACAAGAUGAUGACCAGUGGGGCCAUUGCAGCCAUGCUCUCCACCAUCCUGUACGGCAGGAGAUUCUUUCCUUAUUAUGUCUACAACAUCAUUGGGGGUCUGGAUGAAGAGGGUAAGGGAGCAGUGUACAGCUUUGACCCAGUGGGCUCCUACCAGAGAGACACAUACAAGGCUGGAGGAUCAGCCAGUGCCAUGCUACAGCCAUUGCUAGACAACCAGAUUGGUUUCAAGAACAUGGAGGGUGUGCAACAUGUUCCCCUCACUCAGGACAAGGCAGUUCAGCUGGUCAAAGAUGUCUUCAUCUCUGCUGCAGAGAGAGAUGUCUACACCGGAGAUGCCCUUCGGGUCUGUGUCGUCACAAAGGAGGGCAUUAACGAGCAGACUGUACCACUGAGGAAGGACUAAGGUGGAAAGCGUGUAUCUCUGCCUGCCACCAGUUUCUUCUUUGGGCUGUUUCUUUCACAUUCAUUCUGCUGAUUUGUGACCAUUACUAUUAGGUUUCUUAACACAGGAGUGUUGAUCCAGUGGUUGAUUAAAGAUCCUCUUAAGUUUGGCUCUAAUUCAGUAGAUAUGUUUUUCAAUUAUUCCUUUAUUUCAUUUCUACUGUCAUCACAUCCGUGUUUAUAUGGUCCAACAGUCUCAUCCAAGGUCAGCACUCCUGUUCUGAGAAACCACCCUCGCCUAGACCCUGCCUCUGUUUGGAUAUUUCAUUAUGUUUGGACAUAUAUGCUCUGCUAUUCUUUUUACAUUCUUAAUAAAUGUAAAGAAUUCAAGAA